GAGUAUACAAUUUAUUCUUCUUUAUAACUCGUAAUCGAACAAAGAUUGUUCCUUGAGCGUAAUUUGCAUAGAAGGAAAGGUUCUAUCUCUCACAUUGCAAGCCAAACAGAGUAAUUGUCAUUGAAAUUGGAAAAUGACAAUUUUACACCUUUUAUGCAGUUUUCCUUCAUUUUGAGUGACCAACAAAGAAAGGUUCUCAGAUCGAGAACGAGUCAAAAACUGGUUGUAGCAAAACCGUUCUUGAUUNAGACAAGAUUGAUCAAACUCAACUCUUUGAAAAGGCACAGUGUCGAUAUUGUAUCUAGCACAUUUAUUAUUAAAGCAGCUUUUUCCAAGUCUCCAAGUAAAAUAUUUUCUUUCAUAAAACUCACUACAAGAUACUACACCUCCAGUAGAAAUGAGACAAUACAUAGCAAUUCUUCUCAUCAUAGUCCAAUUGGAAAUUACACAAUAGUUUAAAAAGGGCCAGUGUUGUUAAGGCUUUGAACUUGGUUAAGUUUACUUCUGAAAGUUUUCCGACUUUAAUUUCCAACUCAUUUGUUGUUUUAGUUGGACAAGUGCAAUUCUAUUAUCUACGUUUCUUUUUUAAGCCUUGCAGUUCAUUCCUUUAUAAAAAUCCAUCGAGUCGUCUUGAGCUCUGAGUUCCGGAUAGACUGUAGUGUCUUUUUGAUUCGUACAACAUUGACUAUCUAUUUGACUUUUACAUAGUUUAUGCAAGACUUGUUGUUAUUUCACUUCUGGUCUUGUAUGGAAAUUUGUGAGCUGUAUUGUCAAGAAAAGAGCAAAGACAAAGGAGUUUAAGCUGUUGUUGAGUUUCACUACAUUACCCAAUUAGUUGUCUCGCAAGUUCAUUUAGAUUUAGUUUUUACUGAUAAUUGUUACAGAGCAUUUUUGUGUAUUUAUUAGCAGUUGACAGUCUAGUCUUGUAGUCGAUUGUUGAGAAUCAGUCUUGGUUUCAUAUUUCAAAGAUGUUUUUCCAAGAAACCAGUUAGACACUUAGUUGAGUGUUUUGGUCAGUAUAAAGAGUUACUUUCCUUA